GAAGUUACUUGGAGGAUGCUAUAUUUAAUGCCAUCAGCUGCUGGGUUUUCUUCACCUUUUUAUUUAAUGGAGGGAAAGGGAGUGGGGAAAGCAACUUGCAUUCUCUCUCUCUCUCUCUUUCAAUCCCCCAUUUCUUCUUCCCAUUCCUUACCCUCUGCAAUUCCAAUCCUAUAACCCAUCUUUAAUUUAACCUCGAUCCCCAUUCUUUCUCCCUCUAAAAUCUCUCUCUCUCUUUCUCUGAACUCUCUCUCUAAAGAAGAGAAGCAAGCAACAGUGGAGGGAGGAAAUGGUGUAGCAAUUUGAUCACACAAAGAGGGAAGAAGUGGUAUUUUUGCGAUGGAUGUUUGUUCUUCAAAACCUUCUUUGCAGACCCAUGAUCAAGAAAUUCAAGCUUCCAGACCUCACUCAAAGGAUCCAAAACCAGAGUUGCAGAUUCCCAAAUCAGAGUUGCUAAAGGCUGCCAAACCAGAGCUACAGGCUGCAGAAUCAGAGUUAUACACUGCAAAUCCAGAGUUACAGGCUGCAAAGCUUGAAUUAUACAUUAAGCCUGAGUUAUACAGUGCAGGGCCAGAGUUGCUGUCUGCAAAACCAGAAUCCAGUCCUUCAUCAAAGAGAAGGAAAGUGGCUCCAAAGACAGUAGUGACAGUGAGAAUAGCAGCAGCAGCAGCUGGGAGCCAAAAGGGGGACUGUCCUCCUUCAGAUUUCUGGUCAUGGAGGAAAUAUGGACAAAAACCAAUCAAAGGUUCUCCUUAUCCUAGGGGUUACUAUAGAUGUAGCACAGCAAAGGGGUGUUUAGCCAAGAAGCAAGUAGAGAGAUGCAGAACUGAUGCUUCUAUGCUCAUAAUUACCUACUCCUCUACACAUAACCAUCCAUUGCCUUCUCAACAAGCCACAAAUCCACCAUUAAAGAAACCCCAAGAAAAUUUAGCCCGAAACCCAGUUCCGGUAUCCCCCAAUUUGGCCAAAACCCUAGAGAGCCAGACAGUGGGUGAAGCCCCCAUUGAUGAUUUCUUCUCGUUUCAGUCACCCAUGAGAAGCCCUGAGGACUUGAAUCAGGAAAACCCAUCGCCAUUGACUGAGGAGCCUGUGUUUGAAGAGCCCUUAUCUUAUCCUCAUAUAAUGGCCUUCUCAGAACCCAAAACAGAGGAGGGCAAUGAGUUCUUUGAUGAGCUUGAGGAGCUCCCCAUUUCCUCAUCUUUUGCAGGUCCCAUGAGGAAUAGUUUCUUCGAUGAAAGGAUACUCAUUCUCCCUUCUUAACACACCAUGCCAAAGCUCUCUCUCUCUCACUAAUGGAAAUGGAUCAAGGAGUAUGCAAGUCUGGGUAUCUCUAUAUAUAUGCUUAAUGGAAAUGGAUCACUGAGCAAGAAUGUCUUGGUACUAUGGCCAUUUACCCUCCUCCUCUCUAUUUCUAACUUCAUUAAUGCACCACCUUUAUUGAUGGAAAUCGAGCUAGGAGUAUGAAACUCUGGGUAGCUUUAUUAAUGGAAAUGGAACUAAAACUAUGAAACUGUGUAUGGUCUUACAACCCCCUCUCGCUCUUUUUGGGUGAUCUCUCCCUCCCCAACUUUAAUGCACUAAAUUCAUUAAUGGAAAUGGGCUAGGAGUAUGAAACUGUGUAUAGUUUACAAUCUCUCCCCCUCGGAAUUCUGUGAUCCCUCUCUCUUCUCAAUUCAGUGAUGCUCUAAAUUCUGAAUUCACAAAGCAUGGAUGACUUUUUACCACGUCUCCCUCCCUAAGUUUUAAUGGAAGUGUUAAAAGAGUACGAAAGAGCGGCUCUUUUUAUCCCGGAAUAGAUGAAUACGGUAAUGGAGAUACUUCUUUAUGCAGUUGAUGUCAAUUUAAAGAAGGCACGAGAUUCAUGCCUCUCCUCCAUUUAUUAUUAUUACAAUAAAGUUGAUGGAAGGCCUACAUAAAAAGAGAGAGAAGCAAUGCUUUAGAGAUUGUUACAGAUAUUCUGCCAUGUAAAAAAGCUUGAAAGCUUUUUGUGAGUGGCCCAUGUAAUGAAGACAAUCUAGGUGAUUCAUAUUGCCACUGCCCAUUUUCCUGAUGCCACCGAAAAACAUGGUCAUAAUCCUUACUGAGAAGUUUCUUUUGCUCUAACCUGAGAAAUCUUUUUGUUUCCGAAUAUUGUCUGUACAUAUGUAUAUUUGGAGAUCCGCGUAUUCAAUCUUUAUAUGAAAGCUAGGAGUCAGUUGAUGGUAAUAUUAUAUUGUGAUUUCAAUUGAGCUAAUUAUGUUCUGAUUGCGUGA